ACACACACACACACACACACACACACACACACACACACACACACACACACUGAGAGGCCCCUGAUGACACACACAGGGACACACACACACUCAGAGUUCAGAAUGACACAGCUCUGAUCGGAGGGAGGUGAUCUCUGAAAUUGCUCAGGUGAGUUUUUCUGUUUUUAUUCAAAGUUUUUGUUUAAAUUUAAUUUAAAGUCAGAGAGAGAGAGAGAGCAGGUAAAUGAGUGUUGAUCGCCCUCUCUUCUUCUUCUUCUUCUACGCUGGUGUCUGAUGAACAGUCGUCAUCAGAAAGGCUGAACACGGCUAACUGAACAAACAGGCCAAGCGGGGCUAACGUGUCUUCAUGAAGGGAGAGAGAGUGUUGAGUUAAUGUCGCUCCACCACGAACAGAAACCGUUAAACUUUAUAAAAUAAUAAAGUAUAAAAACCUGAAAUGUCACUUUAACUCACAGACAGUCAGAGGAGAGAGUUAGGCGUGAAGAGAAUCGAAGGGCUCGACAUCAGAUAUUAAAAUAAAGAUGGAAAUAAGUCUGUGAAGGUCAGGAGAGACAUUUCAGCUCCUCAAACAGAUCCAACAAAGAUAACCAGAGGAACAUUUCAACAUUCAGUCAAAGAGAGAAAAAAGAGCGAAAACAGGACGUUUAACCAUGAAGAGAGUUUUUACAAACAAGAAGGAGGUCCAGCUGCUGGUGUCCUGUCCACUUUGGAGUCGGUUUGUUUUACUGUUUGGGAUCAUGGGCCUCAGUUUUAACGAUGUGACGAUGUCCUGUCCCACCUGAGCUUCCUGUCCCAGCAGACCUGACGUUUUAUGGGCGCUCUCCUCAAAGUUUGAAAAGUCACUCCGUGGUUGGUCCUGUGUGGAGGUGCUUAAAGCUGCAGUUCCCCAAGCGUGGUCUCCUGAUGGCGCUGUUUGGUAUAACUGUGUGUCAUCUGCAUAAGUGUGGUUCUAUAAGCUGAGGCAGUGGGAGCGUGGACAUGUUAAACAGAAGCGUCCCCAGGGUGGAGCCUUGGGGAACUCCAAAUGUCCUCUUUGUCCACUCAGGUGUGAAGUUACUGAGACACAGGACAGUGUCCAUCCUCUAAGUGGGUCCUGUUUCAGACCCGGUUCUCAGCAGGUAGAGAAGUAUGUUUUGGUCGUUGCUCCAAACAGGCCGUUCAAAGACGCUGAAAACUUGGUUAUUGUCUUGACUUACGACAAGACAAAAAAAACCUACAAGCCAAGACGUGUCUGAAACCGGCUUAACAUCGGAGUGACGCGUUCACGGUCGUCCACGAGUCUGUGGUAAAAAUAAUACAACACUCCAAUAAGGCUACGUUCACACUGCAGGUCAAUUCUGAUUUUUUAACCGUGUGACACAUAUCUGAUUUUUUCAAAUCCGACCCAGGCCUCUUCUGUAUGUGGAUAUAAAUCCUCACCAUCGUUCGACAACACAAACAGGAAGCAAUGUCAGACGAGGGAACGGAGAACAGCCAGAGGUGAAAACAUCAGUGUUGAUAAAUAUACGGGGAGUUCAAGCCAAAAUAGAGCGCUCAUACCGUGACCGGGCGGUGUUCAAGGAAUAGGCCGAGCGAGGCAUCAGGAGUUCCUGGCUUUAUGUGCAUGAGAGUCACUUCACAGAUGCAUUCUGUUCACAUUAUCUGUCGCAUUUGUUGUUGCAAUGUGAACGACCGCACAGAAAGAUCGGAUUUAACAAAAAAUCCGGAUUGUGCAUCAGAACCUGCAGUGUGAAUGUAGACUAAGUUCCAAAAUGCACAAUUGCAUGAAAAGAUACAGAUUAGUCCUGGAAACACCACAAGGAAACACUUCUGCCUCACAUGCAGGUGGAGCCACCUACUGGGAAACAUCAAAACUGCAUGAACCCAAAAUCCAUCCACUGCAUGAGAAAUUGAAAUACUCAAAUACGGAAUAUGGGACUACCAUACAAACUGGCUCUAAUAACUUGUUUGGAGGUUACGCCACAUCUGUGUCAAGUCUGGACUUCCAACACUUCUUAUGCCUGUAGGGUAACUGGUCCUCGUGGUCCUGAUUUAGCUGAGUCUUCUGAAGGAAGAUCUGUGGCUGAACCAGGAGAACCAGGACAGGAGAACUCUGAGUAUUGCUUUACAGUGGCAGUAUAUACAGGGAUGUGUACAAGUACUCCGUAUUUAACUGUAGACUGUGAGGUUCUACCACAGCAGUAGUCUCAGUCAGGAAGGUCUGUGUCUGUCUGACAAGCUUCACAAGGGUCCAACGAUCGGGUUUGUGCUUCAAUAAGUUCUGAUCCAUCCGUCAGAGGAAAGUCAAGAGGUGAUGCCAUGAACAGGCCCGAUAAAAGAGCAAAUGUGGGGCAGAUAUUGAGGAUUGAAGGUACGAAUGUCUGUGUUCGAGUGUGUUGGAGUAAUUCAGACUGAGCUCCGAGUCAGAGGAUGAAUUAUUAACCGACAGAUUAAUGUGGGAGAGAGAGAGAGAGCGGAGGCUGAGGCACUGAUUGCAGGACGGGAUGUUUCCUCUGUGCUCUGAUCUCCUCAGUGUUCAUGUUGAUUCCAGCUCCAGAUUUUUGAUGUACUUGAGACUGUUUUUACUGUCUGCAGCGUCUUCAUGUUGUUCUUGGAGGUGGUCGGUUGUCCUUUCGUCAGACUCAGUUGUUGGUCUCUGUGUCAGUAGAACUACCUCUCUGAAACCAAAGCUGAGAGACGACCUGUGAGCUGGAAACGAAGCUGUCUUUGUUUGUGGGGAAAACUCUCCAAACUGAUCAGCUCUGAAGAACCAUGUCGAAUACUCAGAGACUUCACCAUUGGUCUGAUUUAGCUCCAUCUGUGUGUGUGUGUGUGUGUGUGUGUGUAGACGCCCCUCUAUCAGCAGUAUUGAUUGGUGGAUUUCAGCUGAACUGGCUCAGGUCACCUGAACCAGCUCACCUCUAAUCUGUCUCUCUGUUCAGCUCAACAGUUUCCAUCUCCCACUCGUUAUCUUUAUCCGAACUUAGAGGCUAAUUUUUCACUGUUUUUCUGAGGACAGGACACCAGAGUGGACGUCUCAUUAUGUUGUAUUUACAUCGAGAUCAUCCAGGGGGGGCUACACCCUGAAACAUUCCCACUCUUACAGGGCUUGACUCUAACUUUGUUCACAUGUGCUCCUAAGUUGAAAAAGUAAGGAGCACAAAGAACUUUAGGGGCAAACUGAAAAUUGAUCAAAUAAUGUUUUUCUUAUUGAUCGACCUUAGUGCUAUUAUUAGAAAUCAUUUUAGGUCUUUUGAUCACAUGACAGUGAAGCUAUUGAAGGAAAACAGCCUUUUCUGAGAACAUCAACUGGUAAUUUAUUGACGGUCCCUUAUUCAACACCGACGUUGACAGUGAGGGUGUCGAGUAGAUUUAACCGCGCUGCUGUUGUUAUUCCUGGUUAUGGAGAGUGAGAAGACACCGGUAGAUCCUCAGAGAAUGUCCGUCAGAUAUCCAACCUGAAACUAACUUCACCGCCGUAUUUACAGGAGAAUAUAUCCAACCUGAAACUAACUUCACCGCCGUAUUUACAGGAAAAUAUAUCCAACCUAAAACUAACUUCACCGCCGUAUUUACAGGGAAAUAUAUCCAACCUGAAACUAACUUCACCGCCGUAUUUACAGGAAAAUAUAUCCAACCUAAAACUAACUUCACCGCCGUAUUUACAGGGAAAUAUAUCCAACCUGAAACUAACUUCACCGCCGUAUUUACAGGAAAAUAUAUCCAACCUGAAACUAACUUCACCGCUGUAUUUACAGGGAAAUAUAUCCAACCUAAAACUAACUUCACCGCCGUAUUUACAGGAAAAUAUAUCCAACCUAAAACUAACUUCACCGCCGUAUUUACAGGAAAAUAUAUCCAACCUGAAACUAACUUCACCGCUGUAUUUACAGGAAAAUAUAUCCAACCUAAAACUAACUUCACAGCCGUAUUUACAGGAAAAUAUAUCCAACCUGAAACUAACUUCACCGCCGUAUUUACAGGAAAAUAUAUCCAACCUAAAACUAACUUCACCGCUGUAUUUACAGGAAAAUAUAUCCAACCUAAAACUAACUUCACCGCCGUAUUUACAGGAAAAUAUAUCCAACCUAAAACUAACUUCACCGCAGUAUUUACAGGAAAAAAAACAUUUGUUACCUCGGCUUUUUUUUGUGACCCUAAAUACAUUUUACAAUUUGCACACAAUUUCUUAGUCACAAAUUCGAGUAAAACGGUCGCACUGUCGAGCCCUGUCUUAUAAUAAUCCUGUUGAAUUUAAUCAUGUUUAAUGACGCUGACAUCCAUUAAAAUGAUUCUUCAGAGAUGCAGAAGAGGCUGUAUCUGUCUUCUGCUGACCUUUGACCUGUCCCUCUGUGUGCUUCUUUUGUCCCCCUCCCCUCUCUGAUGUGAGGAGCUGGUCUCUUGUCUCUCUUUGAAACUCAGCACAGACAGAGAGAUGCUAAUGGAUGCAGUGAAGAAGAAGCAGGAGGAGGAGGAGGAGGCUGUUUUUCAGCGCUCUGAUUCGAUCAGCCUUUUCUUUAAGGUUCAAAGGGUCAGCUUUAAGUAGACUCUCCUCUGUGUGUUUAUUUAUGAGAGUGUGUUUGUCAGGACAAGAGAAGCUGCGUCUGAUUUUCAACAACAAACCUCACAUGCAGAUCCACAUGUUCGGUAACCUGUCACUGUCUCCUGUUGGUUUCCUGUUGAAUCAAAAGUGGAGAGAGUUUCAAACAUAAACUACACAAAAAUUAAUGACAUCUAUGAGUUUGAUCAGUGACAAAUAUACACAACCAUUUUAAACUUCACAGCACCAACCAAACCCAACCGUCCAUACAGUUAACAUUAACUUUUAAUACACAGGUGUUAGAAUUAAAGGUGAGCACAUGAAUGUAUUCACCUGUGUGGGAUUGACUUUGGUACUUAAGGUUUUAGAUUUACCUACAAACAAAGACUGAUGGACAUUAGAGGACAUUCAGGUGAGGGGUAUGUGAUUGGCAUGCGAUACGAUAUGAUAUGAGAUGAGAUGAUAUAUGGGAUAAUAUAAGAUAAUAUGAUAUGAUAUGAUAUAAUAUGAGACACCAAGGUAUGAUUCAGACCAAUAAAACGUGAUGGUAAUAGAAAGUAAUAGACUCAAGGUAACAAAAUGAUGGAAUAGACAACAAUACAGAACAACACAAUAUGGUGUGGAUGCUGUACAAUACGAUAUCUCUGCAUUAUAACACAACACACUACACUUCAGUAUGGUACAGUAUUAAUGUCGAUGAUAGAUGAUGUGUUAUGCUGCGUGGACUGAGCUUUAUUUAUAGUAGAUUUUAGCUUCAUGCGAAGAGAAGCAGAUUCCAAAAUAAGAAAAAAACCUCAAUGUCAAAUCUCUCUGUCCGUGAAGGUUAAACUUAUUUAUGGGGAAAAAAAAUUAAAGAUAUUUUUGGUCUCAGUUUUCUAAGAGUGUUUGAUAAACCUGGUUCCCAUGAUCUCUAUAGUUCCUGAGUGAGGUAGACCAUUCGGCUGCCGCCCGUCCAGAGUCUCUGUCAAUGAUUACAGGACAGACCUUGACCUCGCUGCUGCCAAAACACGACUCGUAUCUGUUUUUCUGAGCAGGACAGUAGGUCGCAGGAUCAGCAACUCUGUGAGGACACGCCGCCACGGUGUGGACUUCACCUCCGUUUAAUCGUUUAAUUUCACCUUUAUGAGACUUUUUUAGGCAAACUGAGCGCAAUCCUCUCUUUAUCAGGAACAUCCUGCUCCGCAGCAACAACCAUUAAAACCUAAAGGGUCAGUAACACCGGUAAGACGGGCUGUAUACCAGUCUGCAGGCUAAGCUCAUUACCAUCAGAACUUUCCUCUUUUUCAUGUUGGCAGAGAAGAAACUAUAUUUAGAGUUAAAGUGAAGAUUUAAUACUUUCUAAAGCUGUGAAAGAACUGAUGUAGGUUUAAAUCACAGGAGACACUGUUUUACCUGUUCGCACAAUAAACACUUCAUAUACAGAUGAAGUUCAAAUGAUCUACCCACUGGGGAACAAGAACAUGAUCUGGUUCUUCCACGACAGUUCAAGUUUGUCUCGUUUUGCUCUACAGUGUAAUUUAAAGAUAACACGAUCUCAUCUGCGUAUAAAGAGAGCAAUAAACCCGAGAAACCCCAAAUUAACCCGUGUACUCUUUCUUUUUCCAGCGAGCACCCCUAAUUUACCUGAUUCUUGUAUCGCUGUCAAUCACACCCAAUGGAAUCCAAUCAGAAAGCAAGUGGGGACGGACUGGCGGGGACGCAGAAGGAGGUGGCGCUGCGGGCACUCACACAACGCACAGGAUACCAACUGGUGCAGGUAGGGGGCCGUCCUGAUCGCCAACAUGUACUGGUUUCCAUACACACAGGUCCAUUUAAAGUCAUUGCUGGAUCGUAGGUUCCCAGAUGUCGGACGGUUAAUUUUGAAGUGAAUCUUUUUUCAGGAGAAUGGUCAGCGGCGGUACGGUGGUCCACCGCCCAGCUGGGAUGGCCCUCCGCCGGAGAGAGGCAGCGAGAUCUUUGUGGGGAAACUACCGAGGGAUUUGUUUGAGGAUGAGCUGGUUCCACUGUGUGAGAAGGUGAGAGAUGGGAGGAGUUUAUGUCUCAAAGGAUUAAUAUCUCGUUCCCAAACGUUCGUACGGUUUCUUCACAUUUCAAUGUUUGUCUCUGCAGUUUGGUAAGAUCUACGAGGUGAGGAUGAUGAUGGACUUUAACGGAAACAACAGAGGGUACGCCUUUGUCACCUUCAGCACCAAACAGGAGGCAAAAGUGGCCAUGAAGCAGCUGAACAACUAUGAGAUCAGGUCAGAAGACAGAAACUAGCGUUAGCAAACCCCUUUUUGUGUUUUGACUGUAAACAUGAUAUCAAUAAGGGAUGAGUGACCCAUCUGGCAGCGCCUGAAUAACUGAAGUUUUGAAGGUUUUCAGUCCAAAGUUUGUUCAAUCUCAUCCUCUUCCAUCCUGCAGAAACGGACGUCUGCUCGGAGUCUGUGCGAGUGUCGACAACUGCCGUCUGUUUGUGGGCGGGAUUCCUAAAACGAAAAAGCGUGAGGAGAUUCUGGCGGAGAUGAGGAAGGUCACUGAUGGGGUUGUGGAUGUCAUCGUGUACCCGAGUGCUGCUGACAAAUCAAAGAACCGAGGCUUCGCCUUCGUGGAGUAUGAGAGCCACAGAGCCGCUGCCAUGGCUCGCCGCAAACUGCUGCCAGGUACAGACCCGGAGUUACAUGUUUAUAGCAAAGAUAACAAACAACCGCAGAAGAUUGUUAGAAGUUUGGGAAAUCAUCUUCUCUACUUAUAAAGGUUGGGAAACUCUGCAACAGCGUUAUAAGUGAGAAAUACUGAUCCGUGGUUAAGGUCUCACAAAUGUGGUUGGGAUGGAGCUUUCAACUGAUCUACAGUCGGACCUUCACCAAAGGUCAUGAGCUUUGAGGAAUGACCCAGAGACUAAGUUUGCAGAUACAGGCGGCUGCUCUCUCUGCAAAGGGUGUCUGAGCUCAACCUUACCCCCAGUAUCCACCUUCAUCCUGAUCGUCUCCUAAAAGGUCGUAUCCUCCGAUCGUAGCUGAUCGUAAACAUUCAAGUUAACGUGUCAAUUUACACCGACUUCUUUCCGUUCCUCUGCGGAUCGCCGGACUCCUCAGCUGAUCACAAGAGUUCUAUUUUUUCUGGACGCCGGAGCAUGGCGGAUAAAUUCAGCACAGAUUAACCCGUGCUGGAAAGGAAGUCGGGCACAGACACAAAAUAAAACAUCCGGCUUCUUUUCAAAAUAAAACACUCCGUGUUUCAGGAGGAUCGUAUUUCACACCAUGCAAACGGGCGGAGACGAACAAGUGAAAGGUUUUUAGACGUCAUUUCACCCCGAUGACACCAUGGAUGAGGAGAUGCUGAUUCUAGAAGUCUAGAAGUAGAUUUCCUCCUCUGGAAGGACACAAUCUACUGCUUAUAUGUCUAUGUGUCUGUCCUUACAGAGACAACUCGUUAUCGCAUGAUUGAAUGUGAAUCUGCAGGCUCUUGUGAGUUUUCACGAUUACCGCUGUCUGUAAUCUGCCACGAAAUUCGCAAACUCACAAACGGAUCCGAUAGGAAUUGGCAGACGGCGAAAAUCGCCACUCUUCCGGAUGCGGUGGAAAUUCAGGGUUAGAAACAGAGUCUAGAGCCUGGACAAGAAGCUCAGACCCUGCUUGGUAUGGGAACACUGUGGGAUCCACCAGGUGGAAGUGGAGAGAUUUGCUGAGGAGAGGGAUGACUGGGGCAAACUGCAUCGUCUGCUGCCACUGAAACAGGCCUCUUGAUGGUUGGAUGGAUGGUGUUGGUCUUGUACAAAGGAGUGGAGAUGUUCUCAAAAACUCCCAUUGGGAACCAAAAAUGCUAAACUAUUUGAUUUCAUACUGUAACACCCCGUGAAGUUAACUUUUUACUUUACUGUCUCUGAUUUCACAGACGUGUUCUCAGUGUUGUGAGGAUGAACUCCACACAAGCUCCCGUAACGAUCCUGUUAACAAGUUAUUUUAAAGCUGCUGAAGUACCAACAUAACCUUCAAUCAUCAUCACCUCAUAAAAGCAAAGACAACAUCAUAAAAAAAGUCAAAGUCUCCUGACUGACUUUGAGGCUGCGUUAUCAGCAGCCAAUCACAGAUUAUGUCACUGGGUCAGCGUCCAAUAGAAGAGAAGCUCUGAUGGGUGGGAUGAUAAGAUAAACUCAACAUGAUGGGAGGGACCACAGCUAUCAGAAAAAACCAUAAACAGGUUAAAAAGCAAAUAUUUCCUGUUUGUUUCAGUCUGAACGUCUAUAUCAGGUUUGGACUGAGUGGAUUUACCCUCCUGUUUUAGACCUGCUCCUCUGUACGCCAAGUCUGGUCUCUGUCUUUUGUGCAACCCAAAGUGAGACUUCUCCGGCUGUAACUGCUGAGUCAGGUUAGGUCAGGUGGGCUGCUGAGUCCAGGGACCAGGAGCUCAGAAGGUUCAAUCUGGAUCAGAGAGAUGUGGAUUUGGAAACCCACCUUUGUCUCUCCAGGGUCAGGUGAUCUACCUCUGCCCUGGUUAUUCAGACUAAAACAGGGUCUGAUAAAUCUGAUUCAGACCAAGACCUUUCAGCACGACCAAAUCCAGAUUACUAAAGCAGGUCUCGACAGUGCGACCGUUUCACUCUCAUCUACGACUUCACAUCAUGAGCUGCUUAUUUUAGGACGAUUAGUUCUGGAGAAUCUUGUCCUGGAUCAAAGCUCGGGUCCUACUUUUGCUCUGCAGGUAAAUAAAUAAAUAAAUACAAAUAAAACCCGCCUGUGAUCUCUUUCAGGUCGUAUUCAGCUCUGGGGUCACGCCAUCGCCGUGGACUGGGCGGAGCCUGAGGUGGAGGUGGAUGAGGACACCAUGGCAACUGUGAAGAUCCUGUAUGUAAGGAACCUGAUGCUGCAGACCACUGAGGAGACCAUCGAGCAGGAGUUUAACAGUCUUAGACCAGGUACCUGAACGCAGCAUGGUCCUCGGUCAGGGUCCUUGAAUGCAGCAACAGGACGGACGACUUUGCUUUUUUAUUCUGUCUCUCAAAGUUUCACAUCUUUUUGAUUUGAUGGUUAAAACUGAUUUAGUCUGAACUCACUUUAUAUAAUAUGUGGCGUCCCACAGGGAUCCAUUUACAGGCCCUUCGUGUUUCUAACAAACUUACAGGUUUUUAGCAGUUUGUCAAUCCUCCAACAUUGUGUUGGUCAAUGACACAAACAUGUUCAAACUGACACACUCAGAAGUUUGUAUUUAACAUCUUAUUCACAGUGGAAAAUGUUCACAGGGUCAUUAUUCUGAGAUUUAUAAUCUGUAUGUAAAUGCAAACAAAGAGCUCAUCCCAUAAAUGACAGUAAAUAUUUCAACCACGCUGAUCUUUAUAAAGUCACAAACUCUUCAGAGGUCAAAGUAGAGAUCCAGACUUACUCACAGAAAGACGUUCCUGUGUUCAGGUGCUGUGGAGCGAGUGAAGAAGAUCAGAGACUACGCCUUCGUUCAUUUUACUCAGAGAGAAGACGCCAUCAACGCCAUGAACGCUCUCAACGGAAAGGUAAACAUUCAGCUUUCUGUCAAGAAACUUCAUGAACCAACCGAAGAAAGACAGCAGAGUAAACACCAAACUAAACUUCUCCUCACAGCAAAUCAAAGAUUUUAUUCUGUAACCAGUCAACAGUUUGUGUGUUUCUCUCAGCUCCUAUUCUAUAAAAACCGUACGAAGGUUGAGGUGAAAAAGGGUUUGGGGGUUUAUUUCUGCAUCUCUCCUCCUCCAGGUGGUAGACGGCUCACCUAUCGAGGUGACUCUAGCCAAGCCGGUGGACAAAGACAGUUAUGUCAGAUACACCAGAGGGACGGGGGGACGGGGAGCCUCUCUGCUGCAGACCGACUACGCUGCUUACACCCUGGGACAGGUAGGACCCUGAACACACCACAGACCCGAACACCAACUCUUCAGGUGAGUCCUGGAGGAGGCAGGGGUUUUAACAAAACAGGAAAAUCCACUUUGAAGACAGAUUUGAAGGUCUCAUCCACUUUGACGGAGAAGGUUGAAGUCCACACUGACAGGGUGAUGAUGCUCUGAUACUAAUGUGGUAAACAGUGACAUCUAGUGGACUGUUUAUACUACUGCAUUUAAAUGUGGCAGAACGAUAGAUGUCAGUUGACUGCAACAACAAACACAAACAAACAAGUCUGGUGGACCCUCUUAGUCUUAGACCCAGUCAUGUGACUAACCUGUUGGACAUUCACCUCAUUAGUUUCUUCCUCCAGAUGUUUUUUUUUUAUGGAUUAAAAUUUUGGACCUGUUUGGUUGUUCCUCUAUCAGAACCUGUUUGGUCGUGUAGAUGUCGAUUCUUUUUUAAACGAAUCUGAAUCUCUAAAGAUCAACGUUUCUCUUCCCUUACCUCUUCCUCCAGGUGUACGACCCUUCAGCGGCGUACCUCGGCCCGCCUGUGUUUUACGCCCCCCAGGCCUACGCUGCUUUACCCGGUCAGUUUCGUUUCCCAGCGGCCAAAGCUCACGUAGGAGGCCGAGGUCUGAUCAGGACGCCGUCUGUUCGAGGUGAGGCCCAGAAUGCUUUCUUACCUGUAAAUCAUAAACAGAAAAAACUGAGCGAUAAUCUCUUCAACUGAACGGAUGAUAAAAAAUGAAGCUCAACCUCAAAGACUCAGAAAAAUGACUGCUUCAAAAAUAUUCAGAAGGAGCGAAAAGAUCUGAAACACUGAUGAAGAGAUCCAGGCUGUGACCGAUCAGGUCUUCAGCUCUUCUAUGAAGGUUCCUGUGAUUAGCCGGUCUCUCUAACGCAGCACCAUCAUGUCCCCUCAGACUGCUGUGAUGUUUAACUGUCAGUAAAAGGGGCGGGGCUUUUUGAUUGAUAAAUAUGUCAAUCAAACAAUAUUGAUAUCCUCCACAUGAAUCACCCUGAAGAGGACUUUAAUUCUCAGUGCGGCUGAAAAUGGUCGUAGACUAAAAAUCAAACCAGAUCAACUGAAUCAAACGUCAAACUUUGUUGUCACUGACUGUGAUUCUGCUUCCUGUUGAUUUCUGGUGAUUUGAUUGAUUUCACUGCCUUUUCGGUCUCCUGUAGAAAUUUACAUGACUGUACCUGUAGGGGCUGCCGGGGUGCGGGGGCUGGGUGGGCGGGGCUACCUGGCCUACGCUUCCGGGGUUGGAGCUGUGGGUCGAGGUGGGGGCGCUGGCGCUUCAUACGGUGGCCUAAAGACGGACAAGCAGGCCGAGGACAAACUGUACGACCUGCUGCCCGGCAUGGAGCUGACCCCCAUGAACCCUGCCGCCAUGAGCCUGAAGGCGGCCGCCAUCAAACCUGCACCACAGGUAAGAGAACACACCUGAGAACCAGGACAAGCUUGAAACCAGCAGAUUAGAAAUGGAGUCUGAUAGUUUAACACUUAGACUGAUUUUUUCAAAUCUGCCCCAACGGCUGUUUUUGUUUAAAAUCCAGGAGACUGUGUCUCUGUGACAUGUUCAAACUGAAACUUCUGUGUCUUCGUUCUUCUUCAGGUUCUGGAGGAGUUGUGUCAGAAGAAUAACUGGGGUCUGCCUGUCUAUCAGCUCCACUCUGCCAUCAGUCCAGACCAGAGACAGCUCUUCCUCUACAAGGUCACCAUACCUGCUCUGGCCACUCAGUACCCAAACGUGUAAGAAUACUGCUCAUCUCACUAGAGGAGACAGCCUCUAGAGGACACUCCAGGAACUGCAGUACUGGCUUUUAUCGCAACAUUUAACUAAAACUCUAAUUCUAUGUCACUUACUGAUAAAAUAGUGACCAUAAUAUCCUCUUACACUUUCUCACCCUCUCUGCACAGUCAUCCCUUCACGCCCACAAAGCUGUGCGCAGCCGUCGAAGAAGCCAAAGUCCACGCCGCUGAGCACACCCUGCAGACACUUGGCCUACAGACAGAGGGCGCUGCAGACGCCGGCUGUGCUACUGCUGCCGCUGUGGCCUCAGUAGCCUUCCCAGGUAUGUGAAGGUCCGUACCCACAGCCAACUAACUCUUCACUCUGUAAACCUGCUAACAGACCUCCUCCCACACCCAGACUUCAUGAAAAAAACACGCAGAAUAAAAAAACAGAAUCUUAGUUUUAAAUGUAGAUUCACAGGGAUUAAAGUGUGCGUUUUAGCAAAGAUCACUUCAUUCCUAUCUUUUGUCGAGGGCUGCACAUGCACAGAUGGAGCAAAGGUGGGCCUUCAAUUCCUCUAAAUCUACCUAUCAGUCAACUUAGUCCCGCCCAUAAUUAUGCAAAUCUGUGAAAGCAUACAAGAGAUGAGAUCUCUAUAAAUUUUGCUGGUACAGUUGCUGAACUACAAAGACCAAAAAAAGGGAACUUUUCUCUCUGCUGUAAAGUUUUAACAUGGGGCUCUAUGGGGACUGACUCGCUGCAGGACGCAGCCUCUACUGGCCGCUGGAUGAACUGCAGUUUUCCUCCUGGUGGCUCACCUUAAAACUUUUUUUAAAGAAUAUUUCCUGAAGGAUUCCUGGUUCAUUAUUAACCCUUUAAACAAAAACAUUUGCCUCUUUACUGAACCUGAAAUCUCUCAGUGAUGAAGAGCGUACCUGAGCAGCACCUGUUUGAUCCAUUUGAGCGGUUUUCUUCUCUUCGCUCUGCAGGUUACACUCUGGCGAGCCCGGCGUCGUCAGCAGUCGCCUCGCAGCUGAAGCAGGCCGUGUCUCUGGGUCAGGACCUGGCUGCCUACGCCACCUACGAUGGCUACCCGGCCUUCGCUGUGGCCGCUCGCCACUCUGACGGCUACGGCGUGUUCUAACUUAAACAGACGGCGCACUCGCACCAAACAGCUGCUUUUCAGUUUGAAUCCAGUUUUAAAAUGUCUCUUCUCUGAUUGGCUGGUUGGUGAAAAUGUAAGACUGAUGGGAUCCAGUUUGAAGGUUCUUGCGUAGAAGCAGGAGCAGGUUGGCGAAAGUUACUUUUCAUCUCGUCACGAAGUUGAAGAAAAGCUGCUGGGAAACGUCUGAGACUCGUCAGUCGCCCUGAAACAAAUUCCUGUCACGUCUUUCUCGUCUGUCUCUGCUCUCUCUGAUUUCUCUGAAUAUCUGGGGUUAUUCUAUGAUUGAUGAAGUGGCAGCCUGUGAUUGGCUGUUUGUGUUUUGAUCAUUUGUUAUUAUAUUUCAUGUUGUUUUGCUUGUAUUUAGUUUUUUGUUUACAUACUCAGAAACAGGAUCAGCUGAGUAUAUUUCACUAUUUUAUCCCUUUUUGUUAUUUGUUUUAUCUGGGGUUUUAUAGUUUCUUUCAAUGUCUUACAGCUGCAGAUUUGAGCUUUGCACUCUGUCUUCAACAUUUUUCUUGCAACUUACAAAAUAUAAGAAGAAAAAUGUAACCUAUAAAAAUAAUUGAAUUUCAAAAGCUUUGUUCUAGCUGCAGCGACAUUUGGGACCUUUGACUUAUUUAAACUUUGAAUAUGUUAACUUCUCUCUCCUACAUUUGUAAAACGGUAAAACAGGAAACUGAGACUGAAUGUUUUCACUGCAUGUUCCUGACAACUCUGAGACCAUGGAGAAUGGCUAAUAACUUUUCCUGAUUUGUCAAAAACCGUCAUCUCUACAACAGGAAAAUGUUUUAAAUGAAUUUAUUUUGAACCACAGCUUUUUUUCCACUUCUUAGAGAGCUAACAGUGUUCAGGUCUGUUUUUGAUAACAGUGUGUUAAGUUUCAACUUUAAAAGUUCACAAAUGUCUCCUCAGGAAUGUGAUACCUUAUUGACGAUAACUGCCAAAUCCUUACAGUUUUACUGUGUCAUUUAUUGUUUUCCUAUUGGCUGUUUUUUAUGUUUCAGUAUUUUCAUGUUUUUGAUAUUUUGGUUUUGUUUUUCACCAGAAACAUUAACCAAAAUAACUGUCCCAGCUACAUUUACCUUUAACACCUCUCUUUCUGUGAUGUCUCUGUGUGCAGACUGCUUUACGCUUAAGGUUGGAAAAAAUCACAACUUUGUAUAGUAUGAGAAACGAAUACAGAAAAAGUUUUAUAUCGGUUCCUAUUUAUGACGGCUGACAAUUAAAAGUUGUUAGGGAGCAGUUUUUUUUCCCUUUUUAUUAAGAAAAACAUCACAGCAUGUAUUAGCUGCGCCUCCUAGUGGUGACAGGAGGGAUGAGUGGUGCUGUGUGCAGCUUAAACACCAUUUUCCCAUGUUAAAAGUAAGAAUGCAGAGUUUAAACGCAGAAAUCGGCGCCUACAUUCAGACACGAUGUUUGUUUCUUCUUUUUGUUUCUUUGAGAGUUUUCCGGUUGACACCACACGCUGACAUCCGAGCUGUGAACACGCCGUAUCAGAGACAGUAUUAAAGUGUGUGAAGCACUUAGAACUUAUUUUUAUACCAGGAAAAAGAGAAAGUGUGAAUAUCCAGAAACUGUUUGUAUAGAGCUAUUUUACAAUCUUUUGCCUCAAUAAUUGACCUGGAAACUAAAUCAACCUAAAUCUGUGGCGAGCAGAGAGGAUUGUGGGUAAUCUGGAGGGGUUUCAUAUUUUGAAGGAAACUGUUUUAAUAAAUUUUGAUGUUUUAUGAUCUUUAAUCUUCCUGAAAUAAAGAAACUAAGUGAAAAUCAACAAAAA